AGCCAGGGCGUCUCUGAUGCGCUGGGGAGGCGCCUAUCGCAAGAUCAGAAUUACCGCCGGGGCCCCUGUUGUCCAGACUGCGGAGCGGAGGUUCUCCAGCCAAGCGAGGUGACGCCUCCGGGGCGAAAGGGAGCCGCCGGCCUGGUCGCAGACGCCUUGGGGUUGGCCUCUGCCAGGGGCGAAAGCAGGUUGACUGAGUCGAAAGGAUCCUGAUUUCUAUUUGCUUACAAGUUUAUGGGGGGCUGAUGUAGUUUCAAAUAUCGCGUCCAUUACGGUACAGCAAAGUGAUGCGUUUAGACUUGUCUCUCGCUCUCCGGUUUGAUUCCAGCUCUUCCUGCUCCAGAGAAUCUCGGGAGAGGGAGGGUUGUACUCCGUCUCUCAGAUACUCAGAGGACCCGUAGUUACGAACAAUUGCAACUCCGCUUAAAAUAACAGGGUACGAGGAGAUAGCGCAGGAUAGAGGUCGCUUCUGUUGAGAACUGGAUCAACAAAUCACUUCCUGCGCUUAAUUGCAGACUACUUUCGCAAGGCAUGAAUGGAUGCCUUCUCUGUGGUCACUAAAGGGAUCCUUUGCCUCCAGCCUUUUCCUGUAUUACUGCUGUUCACUAUAGGUAUCUGUUUGCUUUAGCUGUAUAGCUGGGAUGACCUUCAUGCCUUGGGUGGGAAUAUAUACCCUGAGCAUACAUUGACAUUCUCAUCCCUCCCAGGACACCUCCCCUCCAAAACCUCCCCAUGAGACAGCACAGCAGGAACUGAGGUGGUGGUGGUGCCCAUCUGUAGAUGAGUCAUAAAUAACUUUGGGGAGAUGGAUCUGCCUUUGGAGGAACCUCCAACCCAGCCUCCAUCAGAACCUCUAUCAGCACUUCCAACUUCUGAGCCAGUGUGUGAGCUCCAGGCUGCCGUGUCUUGUUUUGCAGAGGAGACUGUGUCAUUCCUUUCUGUCAAUAGCUUGUUAAGCCAGUCCCUGCUCAGGGCAGCUGGAAGCCUGGGGGCACAGCAGAAAGAGCAAGGGGUGCCUUCAACCAUGGCCCGGCGCAAGCGAGAAUUCACCCCAGAUGAGAAGAAGGAUGAUGGCUACUGGGACAAGAGGAAGAAGAACAACGAAGCAGCCAAACGCUCGAGAGAGAAACGGCGGGUCAGUGAUUUAGCCCUGGAAGGACGAGUUUUGGCCCUGCUGGAGGAAAAUGCCCGCCUGAAGGCAGAACUCUUAGCCCUCAAGUUCCGCUUUGGCUUGAUCCAGGAUCCAGCAGAAGCUCCACAGCCAGCGCUUACACUGGCCAGUGAACUCCAUCGGCCAGCCACUCUACCCCAGCACUUCCCAGUGGCUCCUGAACUACCCCACUACCCUUGCACCUUCCAUCCAGAGCCAGCUACCAGCUCUGAGGACUCUGGCUUUUCCACCCCAGGAAGCUCCAACCUGGGAAGUCCUGUCUUUUUUGAGGAACGUGAUAGGUCAGAGGAAGGAAUUAUGUAUGAGAGGCAUUGCCUAGUACCCGAUGCUUCAGCUGAUGGAGCUGAUCUGGGCCGUGUUGGCCGUUACGACUCUGGGGAGAGCAUCAAAGGUCUUCCCCACAAGUUGCGCUUCAAAAUGGCGGUAGGGUCAGAGGAGCUAGCUGGAGAACAGUCUGGACAUUGCCCACUUUCUCCACCAGGAGGACCAUGGAGGGGGCUGGUGACACGGAAGGAGCAGCCAAGCACAGGGUGUUCUGCAGAAUAAUCUCGAAGGGCAAAAAGAUGAAUGAAACCUAAUAGCUUCUGACUGCAGAACUAGGAAUCUUCUACUGUAUCUGGAAGAAUGAAAAAUAUGCCUUUAUAUAAUGUAUUGUGAUCAUGCCUCUGUUUAAAAUCCUAUUUUAGAUUUUACCAUAAUGGAAAGAGGCAAGUCUCCCUCCCACCAAUUUCAUCUGGAAAGUAGACUGUAUAACUCUAUACACACAGACAUAGAACAAUGAAACAUGUCCACUGGCAACACUACAAUGCAGCACAUAACAGAUUGUCAGGCUGUGUGACUUACUGUCUGUUCUAUGAAGAGGGCCCCAUCAUUUCUGAAAUAUAGUCCAAAAAUCCAACUAGGCCUUCUACAGCUGGGUUUUUUCUGCUAGUACCAUAAGUACCGUAUUAGAAUUUAGUUCCCAUAUUAGCCAGGAAUUGAAGUCUUCUGGAUUGAAGACUAGUCUAACCACUUAAAAUGAGCCUUCUGUCAUUUUGUACAGAACUGUAACCUGAAAUCAGUUCUCUCUUAUUGCAUAAUUUUUCCAGAAGUGAAAGAACCAGAAAUGUUUUCCCAGGAAAGUGGGAAAUUACUACAUACAGAAAGAGAAACUUACGCAACAAAGUUUGAAUGCCUGUAUCCCAGCUAUAAAAAUUAGGAGCAACUUCUUAAUUUAAAUUUUCCUUCACUGUUUGGAAUAAAUAUUUCUUUGUAAGGAUAAGGUCUAUUACUUAUUAAUAAUAGACACAAUAGUUUUGAUAAUUUUCAAAAUGCUGCCAUGCUGACACUUUCCUGAAGGGGGUGUAAGAAUACUUCUGCCUGCUCAGCUUGGCUGCUUUUUUGACUUCUCCCUACCCAUUGGGAACAGAAUCACAAAACAAAACAAAAGUAAAAAUAAAGUUAAACAUUCUGCUGAUACGGAAGAAGAAAACAAAAGACUACAAAGCAAUUUUUAUGUAGUGGCUUCUGACAAUAAACGUGCUGUCCGAGCAGUGAGAGUUUUAAAAUUUCAGGGGCACUUUGUUCCUGGAGGCAAAUGAGUUACUCCAGCAUUUUUCAUGUUUUAGCAUGCUGGUUGGGGAAUUCUGGGAAUUGAAGCCCACACAUUUCAAAGUUUCCAAGAUUGAGAAACAGUGACACACUCAUUGCAGAAUCAUUUAAAACGAACCAGAUUGAUUUGACUUGACUCUUUUGCCUUAACUAUUGGCUGUUCCACACUCAGUUACACUUACUACCACUGCACACUUUCAGACCCACUUUUCUGUUCUUUGUUCCUAAAGUCUGUAUUGUACCAGCUUGUGCCAAGGUCAGGGCUGCCUUGCAGGAGCAUAGCACAGCUGCUCUUAAAAUUGGGCAGGACAAAGUGACUAGGUGAUGGAGAAGGAGGAGAAGGAAGCGGCAAAGAGGUACUGGAGGAUACAGUUGCCCGGUGCCCUCCAAAGGAGCCCACUUUGCCAAAAGCCAUGUCAUCAGGUCCUCCAAUUUAUCCCACAGUUCCAGGAGCAAAAGUCCUCCAAACAGCCCUAAUCCUGAGACUGCGGUUAGCUGAGGUUGCUGACUCCUCUCUGUUGACUUUCACUUUGGUUCUAGCAAGCGUUUUUUCCAUGAAGGUCAUGGUGGGUGGGGCUGAAAGAAGCCAUGCAUAGAGCCAGAGGCAAAAGUGCGUGAAGACCUGCCCAAUCUUUCUCAAAAUCCUUGUUUGCUGACAUUAAAUAAUAGGAAUAGAGAUGCAGAAAACUAUUGACUUUUUCCUGGCAUCCUGUGGUCAUCCAGAUUUUUUGUGGUCAUCCAGAUUUUUGUAGCCCAGAUCUGGUAGUCCUAUGUUUAGUAUAACUGAGGCUGUGAAGAAGAGACCCAUAGCUCUGGACAGAUCCUCUGCCUGAGGGUGGUGGUGGUCGAAGGCAAAAUUAAGUCAAGGGCCCCAUGACAUUAGACAAAAGUGAGUCUCCAUCCUUGCUGCUUUAUCAUGUUAAAUCUGUGGUGUAAAUCUAUGUGUUUUCCCAUAUGUCCCCGCCCUUAAAUUAAUCCUCUUUUUUCUCAUGGCUAUGUUUGUCAACCACUUGACACACUUUCUUUAGCAAUUAAAAUGUUACAUGAAAUAUUGGUGGAUAAUUUGCCCAGGACAAGGGAAGGAAAACUGGUUCCUUUACCAGUUCAGGUAUUAUAUAUAUUUCAGAGGGGGUGAGUUACUAGAAAAGUCUUUUAUAACCUCCUUAAGAGAUAACUCUAAGAAGACAAUUAUAAUAUGACUGAAGAGGUAGGAUUAUUUUAUCUUCAGUUUUACUAAAAACCAGAAAGGAAGUAGAUUGCUCCUGAACAGUAGAUAAGGCCAACAGGUCUCCAGUGUAGGCUGGGGAGCCUUGUGUGUGUGUGUGGGGGGGGUCAGCAAAGGGACAUUGGAGCCUGCUAAAAUGGGAAGUGCCCACCACGGUGCAGGAUGGUGUAAGAUGCAGCCAAGAGUACUCACCCAGAGGUGGGACUCGAUGAGGCCACACAGCAGAAGGCUGGUCAAGAGUGUGUUUUUCCGAUGCAAAUCUUCCAUACAACUGGUAUUCAUUUAGUCUC